UUGGCUCUCUCCGGGGGAGCCGAUUCAACCGCUCUCCUGUGCCUUUUUCUCGAGAUUUGCCCCCAGCUCGAUCUGGAGCUGGCGGUGGCGCACCUGAACCAUGGAUUUCGGGGCAGGGAAUCCGAAGCCGACGCCGAAUUCGUGCGCUCCCUGGCCGCAGGCUGCCACCUUCCGUGCAUCGUGGAAAAACUGCCCCCCCCGGAGCGUCCCAGGCGCGGAAACGCCGAAGCCUGGGCCAGGGAGCAGCGGUACCGGUUCCUUCAAAGGAUCGGAGAUUCCCUGGGCGCGCGGCGGAUCGCCUUGGGACAUACCCGGAACGAUCAAGCGGAAACGGUGCUGCUGCGGCUGUUGAGGGGCAGCGGCUCCCUGGGUCUGGCGGCGAUUCCCGUUUCCCGCGGCGAUCGCUUCAUCAGGCCCCUGCUGUCGAUUGAGCGGGAGGAUCUUCGGACCUAUCUGCGCUCCCGCGGGGUCGGGUGGCGGGAAGAUGCCUCCAACCGGGACCUGCGGUUCUCACGCAACAGGGUGAGGCAUGAACUCAUUCCCUGGUUGGAGAAAGCCUUCAAUCCAGGAAUCGUGGAAGUUCUGGCGAGGACGGCCGAGAAUCUACGCGGAGACGCGGAAAGCCUGGACUGGCUGGUCGGGGAGUUGGCCGGCCGCCAAGCCGACCGGUCGGAGGGCCGGAUCAGUUGGCGGCGGAGCUGGUUGAACACGCUUCCUCCGGGACUGAGAAGCCACUUGGUGCGUCAUGCCGUCGCUACCUUGGACCCUGGCAAACCGGUGCUGAAGAAGCAGGUGGAUGCGGUCCUGGAACUGCUGCAAGACCGCAAGAGCGGCAAGUCGAUACGGGUCGGCCGGAUUGAAGCCAGCAGGGAGUUUGACCGCUUGCUCUUCCGGGAGCUGCCGGCUUCUCCCUCCGUUGACUCCUACCGCUUCCCGCUCGGAAUUCCCGGGCAGGUCCGGCUGCAUCAAGCCGGGCUGGUUUUUGAAACCUAUCUGAACCAGGGAUCCAGCGGCCGGCCCUUGCUGGAUCGAUGGGAAAUCUACCUGUCGCCCCAGGCCCUGGCUCGGGGGCUGGAGGUCAGAUCCUGGCAGGCUGGCGACGCCUACCAACCUCUCGGGUCGUUGAGACCCAAGAAAAUCAAGGAAUUGUUCCUGAGAAAGCGGAUUGGAUUGAGGGCAAGGGCCGGUUGGCCGGUGGUGACCUGCAGCGGCAAGAUUGUCUGUGCCGGAGGUUUUCCGGUGGCUGCCGGCGCCGAGUGGCGCCGGUCCUCGCAGGCUUCGGUCAAAGUGGUGAUCGAGGAACGGGCGCUCGAAAGCGGCCGCAACCCGGCGGCCCUUUCUGAGUGA